AUGAAGAUUAUUUGGAUCUUUGCGUUGCUUUCGGUAAUUGGUGCUGGUUUAGCGGCACCACUAAGCCCACCCAUUGAAGAAGACCCUGAGCUGAUAGCUGGCUACUUUGAAGGCGACAUCGUAUUGAGCUCUUCGCAGCGCAAUGGAUAUCGUAACGAAACCCGACGCUGGCCAAAUAACACUGUCUACUACAAAUUCAAUGAAGGUGUUUUAGAUGAGGCACAUCGUAAUCAUAUUUUGCGAGGCAUUCAAAUCUUGGAGGAGGUUUCAUGCAUCCGUUUUAAGGAAGCCACUGACGACCAGCAAUAUUAUGUGAAUAUAACCAGCUAUGCUGAUGGUUGUUAUUCGAGUGUUGGUUGGUUGAAUCGCGUUCAAACCUAUAAUCUGCAGACUUAUGCUUUGGAUUCCGGUUGCUUCCGUCUCGGCACAAUCGUGCAUGAGUUCUUACAUACGCUCGGAUUUUACCAUAUGCAGAGCGCUUCGAAUCGUGAUGAAUAUGUGCGCAUCGCAACUGAAAACAUUCGAUCUGGCUACGAAAGUAAUUUCAAUAAAUACGAUGAGGACUUUGUCGACGAUUACGAUGAGGAAUACGAUUAUGGUAGUGUCCUACAUUAUACAGCGUAUGCUUUCUCGGCAAAUGGCGAAAUGACUAUAGUCCCGUUGAAGGAUGAAGCGGCCGGUAUAAUGGGCCAGCGACGUGGUUUGAGCCAAAGUGAUAUCAACAAAUUGAAUACAAUGUAUCGCUGCCCGGUGACAGUUUAGAGUAAUAAAGCUAAGGGCCGUUAACUUAUCAAUGCUUAUGAAAUUUUCUAUAGUUAAGUUUAACCAAUGAUUUAACUAGUUUUUUAAAUAGAUAAGCUUAUGGUCCUAGGUAUGAUGUUUCCCCAGAAUUUAGUAUUCAUACAACAUGUUUGAGUCAAUGAUAGGUUAUCAAUUGGAGUAAAAUUUUAAUGAGGAAAUAUAUAUCUAUGUGCGACCAUUGUCUGAUUCAGUU